AUGAUUGCUACUCUUAAUGGCCUCCCUCAGGAAUAUGACAUGAUCAAGACGGUUUUGAUUGCAAGGGAUUCUCCAAUUUCUUUGAAGGAAUUUCGCGCUCAAUUGCUGGCUGCAGAGCAAACCACAGAAGCUCGAUUGGUUCCUCACUUUGGGAUCUUCGUUAAUCCGUUGUCUUCGUCAUAUGCUUCUGUGAAAGCUAUGGGCUCUUCUAAUUCUGGUAUGGGUUUAUUGCCUACUCCAUGUUCUUUACCAGUUGCCUAUAUGGGGUCCUAUGAUCAUUCUGUUCUGCCUUCAUUGGAUCGCAAUUCUGGUUCAAGACCUGUUCUUGGCAGAUUUCAAAGCAGAGCCUCUCCUUCAUCUUUCUCAGGAAAUCGAUUUGGUUCCAAUUCUUCUCAUAAAUCUGCAGUUGUUCCUGAAUGUCAGAUAUGCAGCAAACGGGGUCACACGACUGCUAAUUGUUAUUUUCUUCAUGAGGCAAGCUCUUCUAAGCAUGGAUCUCAGGUUAUUGAAUGUCAAAUAUAUGGUAAGAAGGGUCAUGGAGCCUUGGAUUGUUUCCAUAGAUCCAACUAUGUCUAUCAGGGUCAAGCUCCUCCUUCCAACCUUUCUGCUAUGACUACCCAAACUUCCUAUGUGCCUGAUCAAGUCUGGAUUGCAGAUAAUGGGGCUUCUCAUCACAUGGUGUCUGAUAUUUCCUCCUUAAAUCAUGUUGCUCCUUGUGAAUCUAUAGAGCAAGUGAUUGUUGGUAAUGGAGAAGGUUUGAAAAUUAAACACAUUGGUACUACUGCCAUUGCCUGUGCUUCUACUUCUAUUAAAAUGCCAUCAGUAUUUCAUGUUCCACAGUUAUCUGCUAAUCUCUUGUUUGUGCAUCACCUGUGCAAAGAUCAUAAUUGUGUUAUCAGCUUUGAUGCUUCUGGUUUUGUGAUACAGGAUCGAGUCACCAAGACAAUCCUUCUAAAAGGUCAGAGUAAUAACGGAUUGUAUCAUAUUCCCUCUACUGUAUCCUCUCAUUGUCUGUCAAAGAAAUUAGCUUUGCUUGGUCAACAUGUUAAGUCUUCCAUUUGGCAUCACAGACUUGGCCAUCCAAUUAAUGAAGUGGUGCAAUCAAUGCUUAGAGCAUCUAGUUUGCAGUGUGCAAGUGAUUCUUCCAAUUCGAAUCCCUUGUGUGCAGCUUGUCUUCAAGGGAAGAUGCAUCGGCUUCCAUUUCCUGUUAGACAUAGUAGGUAUGAAAUUCCUUUUCAUACAGUUCAUAGUGACGUAUGGGGACCUUCCCAUUACAAUUCUGUUUCCUUUCUUGAUGAUUGUACUGGAUAUUUGUGGGUUUAUCCUAUUUUCAAUAAAUCAAAAGUUUUCUCCAAAUUCCUACAGUUUCAUGCUUUGAUACAAAAUCAAUUCAAUGCUGCUAUUAAGUGUUUUCAAAGUGAUGGUGGUAGUGAGUUUCUUAGCAAGGCUUUUACAGAUUUUUUCGCUUCCAAGGGAAUUGUGCAUCGUUUGUCUUGCCCUUAUACUCCGCAGCAAAAUGGACUGGCAAAGCGGAAGAAUAGGCAUAUUAUUGAAACAGCCAUUACCCUGUUAACUGCAGCAGCCUUGCCAGGAGUUAUUUGCUACAAUCAAAUUACUGCAAAAUGUGUAAUCUCAAGACAUGUUCUUCAUGAUGAAGCUGUCUUUCCUUUUAAGCAAAUUAACCCUGGUACAUGUGGGCAGUCCUCUCAAUUUUCUCCUACUGCAUCAGUGGCUCCUGUCAUUGUUUCUCUGCCUUUAAGGCCUUAUCAAGCUUCUCUUAAUUCUCAGGAUCCAUCGUCUCUUGCCUCUGAUACACAAGUAUCUACUUCUCAGUCUCAGUCCAUCUCAUCUACUCAUGGGUCUUUAUCUCCCAUCCAACAUCAAGCUUCGUUGGAUGAUAUUCAGUGGCUUCUGCAGGUUAUGGUUCCAUUUGAGGUCUCCGAUGCUUCCUCUUCUUCUGUCAGCCUGCCAGUUUUACCUCCUUUUGAGCAUUCAUCUUCGGGUACUUCCUCAUCGAUGAACCUGCAAGCUAUAUGGAAGCCUCGUUUUCUCCACAAUGGAAACAGGCCAUGCAAGAAGAGAUUGAUGCCUUGCAUAUGCAAAAUUUACAAGAUAAAGAGGAAUUCUGAUGGUUCUAUACCUAGGCAUAAAGCUCGGUUGGUAGCUCAGGGAUUCAAUCAAGAGCAAGGCUUGGAUUUUAGUGAAACUUUUAGUCCUGUAGUGCGUCACACCACUGCCAGGUUAAUACUGAGUCUAGUUGCAAUGAAUAAAUGGAAGUUAAGACAACUUGAUGUUAAGAACACUUUUUUACAUGGCGAAUUGAAAGAAGAAGUGUUUAUGAAACAGCCACAAGGGUUUGCAGAUCCACAUUAUCCUGAUUUUGUAUGUAAGCUAAAGAAAUCAUUGUAUGGUUUGAAGCAAGCUCCAAGGGCUUGGAAUGCCAAAUUCACCGGAUACUUACCAGCUAUAGGUUCUAAUGAGAAGAUGGUUCAGCUUGUGAUUGAUGAGUUAAGUUCUGUAUUUGAAAUGAAGGACUUGGGUAAGCUUAAAUUCUUUCUCGGCUUGCAAGUGUCCUAUGCCUCCAAUGGUGAUAUUUUUGUUAAUCAGUCCAAAUAUGCUAAAGAGUUGCUCUACAAAGCUGGGAUGCAAUCUUGUCGAUCUUGUUCAACUCCAUGUAAACCACAUACACAGGUGUUAAAAGAUUCUGGUGAAGUGUUAACUGAUCCAACAUUGUUUAGGAGCAUUGUAGGGGCUCUUCAAUAUUUGACUUUUACAAGACCAGACCUUGCUUACUUUGUCAACUCUGUGUGUCAAUACAUGAAUCAACCUACUGAUCUUCAUUGGCAUUUGGUGAAAAGGAUUCUUAGAUAUGUGCAAGGUACUUUAGAAUAUGGCCUGAGUUUUACAGCUGGUGAUAUGCAUCUCUCUGCAUAUAGUGAUGUUGACUGGGCAGGAGACAUCAACACUCGCAGGUCUACAACAGGUUUUGUGAUAUUUUUGGGCUGCAAUCCUAUAUCAUGGCAGUCGAAGAAACAAGGCUCUGUUUCAAGAAGUUCUAUAGAGGCAAAGUACAAGGCUUUAGCCAAUACUACUGCUAAUUUAGCUUGGAUUCGACAGGUUUUAACAGAUUUGAAGUUGUAUCUGCCAGAUCCUCCAGUUGCAUAUUGUGAUAAUCUGUCAGCUUUGGCUCUUAGCUCAAAUCCAGUAUAUCAUUCCAGAAUUAAACACUUGGACAUUGAUUUCCAUUUUGUAAGGGAGCAAGUGCAGAAGAAGGAUUUGCUGGUUCAGUAUGUUUCAACAGAUGAACAACUCGCUGAUGUGUUUACAAAGGGUCUACAUGGUCCUAUCUUCUCACAACAUUGUGCUCAUCUUAGGUUAAGAGAGUGA